CGCCGACAAGCCCUUCUGCCAUUGAAAAGUGCUAGUAACGCUACUGCCAUUUGGCGCAGUUAAAUAUAGCUAGCAGCUACAUCAAUUUGCAUAGCGUGGCGUCCUUACAGGAUUUCCCAUAUUUGCCAUUUUAAAUCGUGUUUCAGUUUAGUAUUUUUAUACAGAUAUAAAAAUGAGUUCAAUUAACGUAAAAAAACUGAAAGUUAACGAGUUGAAGGACGAGCUGAAAAAGCGUCAGCUGUCGGACAAGGGACUGAAGGCCGAGUUGAUGGACCGGCUGCAGGCCGCACUUGACGAAGAGGCCCUGGCUGGAGAUGAUCCCAUUGGGCUGGAGGCCGCGGAGGGAGGCAGCUCUGGGGCCGCUGAUGAUCAAGAGGACAUGGGGGAAGACGAAGAAGACGACGAGGAUCCGGUCGAAGAAAGCAUGGAGGCCAACGAGGAGGAGGAGAAUGGAAACGGAGAGGGAGACCCCGCCGUAGAAUGCGAGGAGAACGCGGCUCAGGAGGACGACGAAAUGGGCGAGGUGGAGGAUGAAGACAUGGAUCCAAUGUUGAAGGAAGGUGUGGACGACAUGGAGAAAAUAACGUUAGACGCAGAGGAUGGUGAGCCUGGAGAUCAGCCAGCAGAGGGGGAUGCGGACAAAGACACGAAUGCUGAUCAGAAGAAUAAGAAGGGUGUUAAGAGACGCCGGGAGGAACAUGGAAGGGGCUACUUUGAAUUUAUUGAAGAGAACAAAUACAGCUGGUCUAGUCUCAAGUCUCCACUGCCACCCCUGGAAGAGGAAGAUGAAGAGUUUGACGAUACAACAGUCUGUCUGGACAACUAUAACUGCGACCUGCACUUCAAGGUGUCCCGGGACCGGUACAGCGCAUCCUCUCUCACCAUGGAGAGCUUUGCCUACCUUUGGUCUGGGGGCAGGGCCUCGUAUGGCCUGACCCAGGGGAAGGCCUGUUACGAGAUGAAGUUAACUGAGAAGAUUCCAGUGAAGCACAUCUUCAGUAAGAACAUGGAGGUCCAUGAGGUCCAGGUUGGAUGGUCCAUGGCUACUGGCAGUCUGCUCCUCGGUGAGGAGGAGCAUUCUUAUGCCUACUCUGGCAAAGGCAAGAAGACUACCAACUGCGUGACUGAAGAUUUUGGAGAGACUUAUGAUGAGAACGACGUCAUCUGCUGCCUCAUCAACUUUGAGGGUGAGGAGGUGGAGAUUUCCUUUUCUAAGAACGGUAAGGAGCCAGUUGUGGCCUUCCAGGUCAGUAAGGAGUCCCUGGCAGGGAGAGCGCUCUUCCCCCAUGUCAUCUGCCACAACUGUUCUGUGGAGUUCAACUUUGGCCAGAUGGAAACACCCUACUUCCCCCAGCCAGAGGGCUACACCUUCCUGCAGCAGGUCGCCAUGGACGACCGUGUCCGCGGACCCAAGGGACCCAACACCAAGAAGGAGUGUGAGGUGAUUGCUAUGGUAGGCCUGCCCGGCUCAGGAAAGACCACCUGGGUGAACAAGCACAUCCAGGAGAACCCUGGGAAAUAUUACAUCCUGGGCAGCGACACCAUCGUGGAGAAGAUGAUGAUUGGAAGCUUGAAGCGUCAGGCGAAGGACACAACUAAGCUCACGGCCAUUUCCCAGCGUGCUCCUCUCUUCCUGGGAAAGUUCAUUGAGAUCGCUGCUCGCAAGAAGAGGAACUAUAUCCUGGACCAUACCAACCUGUCUGCCCCAGGCCAGAAGAGGAAGAUGUGUCUGUUUGCUGGGUACCAGCGGAAGGCUGUGGUGGUCUGCCCCUCAGACGAUGACUACAAAGAGAGGGCCCAGAAGAAGGCAGAGAGCGACGGCAAAGACGUGCCCGAGCACGCUCUCCUCAAAAUGAAAGGAUUCUUCACCCUGCCAGAGGAGGGCGACAGCUUCGCUCAGGUGAGCUACGCUGAGCUGCAGAAGGAGGAGUCCUCCAAGCUAGUGGAGCAAUACAAGGAGGAGAGCAAGGCGGCCCUGCCGGCUGAGAAGAAGCCCAACCAGGGGGCCUUGACCCCCAAUAGAGGAGGUGUUGUCCGGGGUGGAGGCAGAGGCAAGAACCAGUUCAACCGCGGAGGAGGACCUGGCCAGAGAGGAGUUGUACGAGGAGGCUUCCAGCAGAGGGGCAACUUCAGAGGAGCUCCGGGUCCUCGUGGUGGGUUCACUCGCCCCCCUCGAGGCUUCAUGCCCCCUCCAGCCUUCAGGGGUGGAUUCGCCAACCGGGGCAACUUCAACAGGGGCGGCGGCCUCAUGGCCCCCCAGCGUGGGGCCCCAAGAGGGGGACCAAUUAGGGGCAACAUGGGCUACAGAGGUGGAGCCAUGAACAGGGGCGGUCCACCAAUGAACAGAGGUGGAGCCAACAUGAGCCGGGGAGGUGGAGCCAACAUGAGCCGGGGAGGUGGAGCCAACAUGAGCCGGGGAGGUGGAGCCAACAUGAGCCGGGGAGGUGGAGCCAACAUGAGCCGGGGAGGUGGAGCCAACAUGAGCCGGGGAGGUGGAGCCAACAUGAGCCGGGGAGGUGGAGCCAACAUGAGCCGGGGAGGUGGAGCCAACAUGAGCCGGGGAGGUGGAGCCAACAUGAGCCGGGGUGGCGGAGGAAACAGGGUCAACUUUAACCAGGGGUUCCAGCCCAGAGGAGGCAGCAGCCGUGGAAACUUCGGCAAUAAGAGCAGCGGAUUUGGUGAUGGCAGGAAUGCUGGAGGUCGUGGUGGCGGAUUUGGGGACAGUAGAAACUCUGGAGGACGUGGUGGGGGAUUUGGGGACACCAGGAACGCUGGAGGACGUGGCAGGGGAUUUGUGGACAGCAGGAAUGCUGGAGGACGCGGAGGCUUUGGAUUCGGCAUGGACAAGGCUCAAGCCUUCAACCAGAGCUGGCAGCAGGGGUUAUGGAACCAGAAGCCAUGGAGACAGCAGUAUCAGCCAGGAUACUAUUAAAGACUUUCUGAUCAAAAGGACUGGUGGAAAAUAAUGGAAACUCACCACGAGCCACAGAUGUCCGUCUCUCCCACCACCUGUUUUUUUUCUAGAACCAACUUUUAAAUUAAAAACAAAAAAUACGACAAGACUAUGGAGCAACAUUCCACAUGAGGAAAGGAGUCUCUUUGAAGCUUUAUGGGUUUUUUCAUUUGAUUUUGUACAUUUUAUGAUAUUUUUCCAAAUUUUAAAGAAAUCCCAUGCUUUUAAAAAAUCCCAUGUUUGAGAAAUAUACCACAACAUUUUUGCUCUGCUUCAGUGAAAUGUUUGAAAGAUUUUCAUGGUUGUGCUUUUCUUUUUCUUUUUUUUACUAAAUGUAAAUAUUGUUUGUUGUAUAAGGAGUGAGAACACUUACUAACUGAAAGGAACCAUCUUUUGAGGCAUGGUAGCAAUAUUAUUGUUAGUGAUUGUAUAUGUAGUCCGUAAGCAACAAACAGUUAUUUUGCGUCAAACGCCAUUAUUAGAUUUGUCUAUUGUUAUUUUUCAUUAUAACGUCAAGCAUGUAAUCUAAACUCCAUAGAUCUACAAUAAACAACAUAUUUGCUUUUUUACAAACUUCUAUGGCUUAUGACUUUUAAUUGAGUUCAAAGGUUACCUAAAGUACCUUUUGAAUGGGCAAUGGCCUGGUUUGCUACUUCAAACAAGGACAUCCGCCCUCAUCUCACCACAGUUGGCGCUUCACAUUAUGCUACCUAUUGAUGUAAUUCAUCCAUCAUUGAUGCACAACUAGCUUUUCUUUUCAUCUUCAAUGAUAGUUUAUUCUUAUUGAGAAUCUUUUGCAAGAGCGACUAGGGGGUGUAUUCCCUAGGGAGCAAGUUAAACGGGGAGGGAGCUUUUGAAACCGGAGUUCCUCCAAUAGAAACUACGAACGUUUUCAGUUUGACACUCCUGUUCAUCUGGAUGCAUUGUACCUUAACUAUUUGAGCAGAGUCAUUUCUAUAGGACAGUUGUUUCUGUAGGAUAUUGGAAGCCAUUUUAGCACUACAUUAUGCCUUUAUUGUCAUUUUGUGAUUUGUAUAUGUCUUGAUAUUUAGGGCACAUUACUGAUUGUGGAACCUGACGAGGCUUGCUUCUCGGGUGUAGAUUGAAGUGUGCUUUUAUUUAAUUUGUCCAUAUGUUUAUUUGGUGUUGUGGCAUUUUUAUAACCUGGUUAAGCUUUGAUUGCUACGUUUGUAAAUAAGACUACACAUUAGGCUAGUCCUACAUGACCAAACAAACCAUUUUCCCAUUGUUUACGUUUUAAUGUUCUGUGCUAUUUGAACCUAGCCUGAUUGCCAGUCUGUGCUAUCAUGCCAACUCCUUGUCACUGGGAGAUGGCAAGAGCACAAACAUCUGGGACCAGGCUAAUUUAAACCACUGUUUUAAUGGAAGAGUAUAUAAAUUAUGUGGCUGGUUUAGCACAUGUUCAACACUCUGUUGUAUGCUAUAUUGAAAAUGGGUGGUGGUAAAAACUACAGCAGUUUGCAUUUACACCAGCAAAUAAAGGGCUACGUCAUGUCAGUGUAUACCCACCAGUGUAUACCCACCACCCUCACUGAUACUAGAUGUGAGUGACAUUGAACCAUUCAAAACUCCUUCUGUAGUGUGUGUGCGUAAUGGAGGUUCCAGAGACUUGAAGACUUGCGUUAACUCCCGAAUGCUACAGCGUUGGCUUAAGAUCAGUGGGCUAACAGUCUUGUCACACAGACGAUCCAGAUUCAAACCAAGUCAGUCAUCUGGUUAAGUUGUGUGAACCCUCUGAUCAAAUGAAUUGGUGGCGGUGUAGCUGGACAAUGGCAGCUCUUACAUUUAACCUCAUGCAGCUCAGGCCGAGUAGCCUACCAGCAGUGUUAAAGUGAUGUGUGUUCCGCUAUAACAUUGUGUUUCUAGAUCACUGAAAACAAUUGUAUUGCGAGUCCAUUUUGUGAUUGUUUCAUUAGCUUAUUUAACAUUUUAUGAACAUGGUGUACUGUAUAUAGUUGACCACUUUUCUUCUCGAUCAUUCCAAAUUGUAUGGAUGACCAUGAACUGAUUUCCGUUAUGCUUCGUGAUAAAGCAAGUGAAAAAUAACUCAACCAAACAUACAUUUUUCAUUAAAGUAAUUUGUUUCAGCAAUGUGUAUUACUUAACUGAGUACUAUUCAAUGUAAUAUACUCAUUAAGUUGUAGGUAACUUUUGGCUUAUCUCCCUGCUGAGAUCUCUCUUUUUAUUGAACAAAUGUUUUGAUAUUUUGUGUUUCAGUUAUGUUUUUCAAGUAUUUUUGUCAAUAAAGUGAAUGACGCUGA